ACAAACCGGAGCCCGAGAAACAGAAUACAAUACAGACGGCAUUGACUAGACAAGAACUGGAUCGAAAAAGUGCAAUGUUGAAAUAGAUUAUUAUUCUAGUGCGUAAAAUAUAUAUUUAAAAAUGUCUUUAGAUUGUGAUGCAAGAAAGUUAACUGAUUUGAAAGUUGCUGAUCUUCGUGCGGAAUUGGAUAAAAGAAAUAUAGACCGUUCAGGAGUAAAGGCAGUUCUCGUGGAGAAAUUGCAAAAGGCGUUACAAGACGAGGGUCAUGAUCCUGAAACAUUUAUCUUCUCCCACCCAAAAGCAUCUCCAGCCAGGAAAGGAAGACGGGUUGAAAGUGAAGAUUCCGAGACUGUAGUAAGCGAGGAUGAUGGGAAAGGUAUUAAAAGUGAUCCAGCACAGAAACUGGAAUCACAGGUCGAGGAAACUAACGUUAAGAAAGAGCCAGUUGAUGACGAAAAGGCAGAUGACGACGAUUCCAUCACUCCGACAUUUUUCACAGAUCUUGUCAUUAAAGAUGAAGUUAUAGAUGAAGAUGAAGAAGAAAAGCGGUUGUUAGAGGAAGAUAACGAAGAACAACAAAAUGAGGUUGCUCAGCAAACAAAUGAAGAUGAGAAGAAAGAGAUGGAAGGUGAACCUGUGAAGGAAGAGCAGGAAGUGGAUGGAGAAGAAAAAGAAGAAGAAGAAGAACAGCUAGUGUUGGAUGAGGCGGAAGUAGAGGAAGUAGACAAGAACGUGGAAGAAGAGAAAGUCGACGAAGAAGCUGAGAAAGAGGAAGAGCUGAAGGAAGAAGAAGAAGGAAAAGAAGAGGAGAAAGUUGGAAAAGAAAAAGAGCAGAAAGUAGUAAAAGAAGAAGAAAAUGAAGUGAAGGAAGACAGUAAGGAGCAGACUACUGCAAACGCCAAUCCCCAAAAAAGAAAGACUCCCUCUCCGACCAAGGCAGCACCUGCUAAGAAAGUGAAACCCCCUGUAAAAAAAGAACCAGUAAAAGAGGAUAAUAGUAUAGCUGAAACAAACGGUACUCUGGACAAUGAAGAUCAUAUAAACCUAACUAUUGGUGAAGAUGAAGAAAAGUUGUUGGCUGAAGAGGAAGAACCUAAUCAAAAAACAGUGGGAAAGGAUGAGAAGAAGAGUGGCGGCAGCAGCGGAGGUGGCGCCGGGGGCGGGGGCGUAAGCAACAAGUCGCAGGCGGCCACGGGAGGCGGCAGCAAGGCAAGAAGCGACGAUCAGAAGCCGGACCGGAAGAGUGGUACAAAUGAUAAGCACACCAGUUCAUCUGAUGAUAAAUUGAAAAAUGAAAAGAUAUCUGGAUCAGUCACUAGGAAUCUUUGGGUCAGUGGGCUGUCCUCGUCAACAAGAGCUAACGAUCUGAAGUCUAUUUUCUCCAAGUAUGGAAAGGUUGUGAGUGCGAAAAUAGUGACCAACACGAAAACUCCGGGACCCCGUUGCUACGGCUACGUGACGAUGAGCUCAGCUGAUGACGCCGAGCGCUGUGUACACAAGCUGCAUCUCAGCGAACUUCACGGUAGACUCAUCUCUGUUGAAAAGGCUAAAGGGGAGACAUCGUGGCCCACGAGGAAAGCUGAAACUAGUCGAUCAGAAAGUUCAAAGAGAGAUGAAAAGAGGUCGUCUUCAACAUCCAAGAAAGAAGUCAAAGAAGAGAAGCUGUGCCCUCCUGGUACAGAAGGCGAUCAGGAGACGAACGAGGAGAAGAAGCAGAACGGUGGUGGAGGGGGUGAUCAGCCGAUCGCAGAGGGGGUGGAGAGAGAUGCCGAUCAGAAGAGAGAGAGAGAUGACAGAUCGGUGCACCGGUCGCGCGACAGCACUCGACGUGACAGAGAGCGACGUGGCGGCGACUCCAGCUCAAGACACAGUUCGGCGCAUCGGCGACAUUCGUCGCGCGAGAUACUCAGCUUCUCCAAGAUCAAGGAAGAGAAAGAGAGGCUGCGAUCGAGGGAGAGGACAAGAGAGUCGAGAGACGAGGAGCGCAGAAAGCGUAUAGAGAUGGAAAAACGAAAUGAAAUCGAACGCAAGCAGAAAAAAGAGGCUGAACGCCUCGAGAGAGAGCGUCUGCUGCUGCAAAGAGAAAGAGAGAAGAUAGAACACGAGAGAGCUGAACUGUUGCGAUUGGAACGCGAACGCCAGAAGUUGGAGAGAGAACGGCUGGUGCGAGAGAGAGAAGAGCUGAAGCGACAGCAGUUGAACACUAUGCGUAAACUGGAAGAAGAGCGUCGCGGCACCAAGCGGUCGGCGGUGACAGACGUGUACGCCGAGGAGGCGAGCAAGCGUCCAUCCAAGGAUCGCCGCCCCACCUCCUCCUACGACUUACCGCCCCCGCCACCGCCCCCGACCACCAGUCGUUACUCGUCGUCGCACCAUCGCAGCAGCAGCAGCGACUACCGCUCGCGACUGGCGCCGCCACCAGCGCCCAGUGUGUCGUCGCGUGACGACUAUCGAUCGUCCAAGGAUCGCCACGCCUCUUCAUCGCGCGAUCAUCGCAGCAGCGCCAGCGACAGUCGCUCGUCCUCCGACCAUCAUCAUAGCAGUAGCUCACAUCGCUAUGAAAGCAGCAGCAGUUCGGCGGCAAAAGGUGACUCAGACAGGGGGUACAGAGGGGGGGAUCGCGGUGGAUCGAGCAGCUGGCACAGCGGUGGUGUGAUGAAGAGUGGGGGUGGGGGCUAUGGGGGUGGCCAGUCGGCGGCCUUGGGGUGGGGCGGUGGAGGUGGGGGCGGCAAACCUGACAUGUCGUCCGGUUGGUCUCGCACUGUCGCCGCUAAUGACAGAUGGAUGCCUCCCGGUUCGAUGUCUAGACAGGCGGGGAUGUCUGCCAAUGUGUACGCAGGCCAGCCACCUAUGGCGCCCAUGGUAAUGUCUUCAAUGGCCCCCAUGGCCAAUGAUGGAAGGUUCGAUGCCUAUAAACAGCCCUUUGGUUCCAUGGGCAGAAAAUUUUGAACAUCAAUCACGUUUCUACAGUUUUUUAUUGAUAGUGUUAAUAAACAUUCCUCUGUUACAUUGUAGUGUACAACAUUUUUGUACAAAGAUCGAUUACUCUUCUAACAAAGUAAUAGACAGUUCAAUAUUGAAUUAGAAAGCUGAGCAUGUUAUUGACAAUGUUGUUUUUUCAAUUCUAUUUAUUUGUUUUGUAAUUCAAAUUAUAGCAUGUAUUGUUAUCACAAAUAAUAAUAUCAGCUGAAUAACAUCAUUGUUGGUAAUUUCCAAUUUUACCAUUAUGUUGUUUAAUAUUAUUUUUAUGAGUGCUAACUUAUUAAGUCUGGAGUGCGAUUGAUUGUAUUUGUAGUCUUAACUUUUAUAAACUGCAGUAGUUUUGUUGAUGAAAUAAAAUAGUGAAACGUUCUCAACCACUAAAUAUCUAUAUAAUAAUAUUACUAGAACUGGUCAAUCUGUUUAUAAAUAAAUGGUUGUGUCAAUUUCAAGUAGUUCUAUUCAAUACGGAUAAGUUAUCUACUACUACAUCACUUUCACAACACAGGGAUUUUCGAAUUUAGUUUUGAUAAGUUUUGAAUGAUACUAUUUUGUGUUUAUCUGGUCUAAAGUACUGUACAAAACUUGCUUUAUCAUUAAAAGUAUUUACGUCCAAA